AUGAAGUACAACUCAGGCAAGAAGGCCGAGUGUCCGCUUGAUUCCAGGCUUCGUGCCCUCUUUACGGAUGCCCAUGAUAUCUCGGAACGAAUGGUACAAGAGGCAAGGUUCUAUGCAGAUGAAAUUCAACGUACUCUGACCCACUUGGAAGAGUUUCACCGUCAGAAACAAGGCACACAUCAAGUUACGGUGACACGGAUGGAGGAGAACGACGCACCGUUCAAGAGCUUGUUUUCAGCAAAUCCGGCCAACCUUGACAAACUCGUUACUCAACGUAGGCUGGUAAUGGAGACUCUGGAAGAUGAUGUGAGAAGUCAAUCCACACGGAUGAGAAAGGUACGCAAGCGCCUUUUAAAGACCGCGGAACGGAGGUCGAAUGAACAGAGAGAACAACAACGGCUCAUUACCGACGCAUCCAUCUUUAUUAAGCAUUACAAGGCACUUAUUGGCGCCUGA